AUGGCAAACUCAAGUGAAAUCCCAUCCUUUGUGCUGGGUGCUUAUGGUAACAUUGGAGAAUUAAAAUAUCUGUAUUUUAGCAUCAUGCUGCCGUGGUACGUCUCCAUUUGUUUGGCCAAUACAGUUGUCAUUGUGGUCGUUUAUGUUGACAAGGGGCUGCAUGAGCCCAUGUACAUACUGCUCUGUAACUUAUGUGUGAACGAGAUAGGUGGCAGCACAUCGCUGUACCCUCUCCUGCUCUCGCAGGUUCUCUCAGAGACCCAUGAAGUGUCUUUUCCAUGGUGCUUUCUGCAGAUGUGUUGCAUCUACACGAGCGCCUCGGUGGAGUUCUGCAGUUUAGCAGCCAUGGCGUAUGACAGAUAUAUGUCCAUUUGCUAUCCUCUGCACUACCACGCUGCCAUGAGCACAGGGAAGGUGUUCAUGAUCAUCCUGCUCGUGUGGCUGUACUCAUUUCUUAGUUUCAUGCUCACCUAUUCAUUCUUGAUCGGUUUGAAAUUUUGUGGCAAUGUCAUUGACAAAGUGUUUUGUGACAGCCAGCUAAUAAUUAAACUUGCGUGUUCAGCCUCGGCGCUCAGCUACUUAUCUGACGUAUGUUUUGUCGUUUUGAGUGUUUGGAUACCAUUCACUCUCAUUUUGGCAUCGUAUUUGAAAAUAUUAGCUGUUUGUUUGAACACCUCUAAAGAAAACAAGCAGAAGGCCGUCAGCACCUGCGUACCUCAGAUCGUCUCCGUGUCCAACCUGUUUGUUGGCUGCGUUUUUCACUUUAUCGACUCCAGGAUUGAAGCCACUCAGGUGCCAGAUAAAGUCCGUGUCAUUCUGUCUGUGUAUCUUCUUGUAUGUCAGCCGAUGAUCACACCCUUCAUGUAUGGAUUCAAGCUACCAAAGAUAAAGCAGUCAUUUCGACGAUUUGUCUUUCAUGAAAAAUAA